UGUGUUGAUGCAGGCAGGGGCUGUCCAUUCACAAAGGAUUCUAAAAAUAUGAAAAGUUUCUAAUAGUUUUUCACAGUGCUCAAAAGACACUUAAACUAAUCCACUCACAUACGUUAAGGAGGUUACGUUGCCGCGGCGCCAGUUCCUGUUUGACCCUCACUCUUGUUCUUCGAUCGGCGACGACCAGAAAGCUCUCUGACGUCACGCACUUGGGGAUUUCGGACGCAUCAAUGUAGCGCAGCGUUACGCUGGGCCAGACCCCGCACCCUCGGUAACAGCGUUACGGAACGCUAAAUUUCUCUUGAAAGAAACUGCAAGAUAGCCGUCGCUACAACACCGCAAACCCUACCUUAGUUUCGCAUUGUUUCUGUGCACAUGCGCUGAAGCCCCGACCAGUCGCAGUCCCCCUGACCCAAGGAAGGAGGACAUCCUAGUCAAGGCCUUGAACCAGCGAAUCUCCCGGAAAGGCCUGUUUCUCGACUAGUGCCUCCACACGGCGACGAGCUCCGAGUCUUCUACAAGAUGUCCCGCGAGCGUGAGCCCCGUCACCGCACAGCUGGAUCGUCAGCGUCCGUGCGUGCUCCACGCGGUGUCUGCAAUGGAGAGAAGCGUCUGGAGUGCCCAGUGUGCGAGAAGCAGUUCGCCUUUAGAAGUCAACUAGAAAGGCACCUUCAGACCCACACCGAGGAGAUGCCUUUCGAUUGCACAGUUUGCAAGAAGAAGUUCGCUAACAAUGCACAUCUCCGAACGCACCUUCGCAUCCACACUGGGGAGAAGCCUUUCGAGUGCACAGUUUGCCAGAAGAAGUUCAAUGAAAGUGGUAAUCUCAGAAGGCACCUUCGCAUCCACACCGGGGAGAAGCCUUUCGAGUGCACAGUUUGCAAGAAGAAGUUCGCUAACAAUGGAGAUCUCCGAACGCACCUUCGCAUUCACACUGGGGAGAAGCCUUUCGAGUGCACAGUUUGCAAGAAGAAGUUCAAUCAAAGUGGAUAUCUCAGAACGCACCUUCGCACGCACACCGGGGAGAAGCCUUUUCAGUGCACAGUUUGCGGGCAGAAGUUCAGUCAAAGUGGAGGUCUCAGAACGCAUCUUCGGACCCACACCGGGGAGAAGCCUUUUGAGUGCGUAGUUUGCAAGAAGAGCUUCAAUGAAUGUGGAAGUCUCAGAAAGCACCUUCGCAUCCACACCGGGGAGAAGCCUUUCGAGUGCACAGUUUGCAACAAGAAGUUCACUGAAAGUGGAAGUCUCAGAACGCAUCUUCGAAUCCACACCGGGGAGAAGCCUUUCGAGUGCACAGUUUGCAAGAAGAAGUUCACUAAAAGUGGACACCUUAGAGGUCACCUCCGCAUCCACACUGGGGAGAAGCCUUUCGAGUGCACAGUGUGCAAGAAGAAGUUUGUUCAAAGUGCACAUCUUCGUACACACCUUCUGACGCACAGCGGGGACAAGCAUCGUGAGUGAAUAAGUUUGGACGAGCUUUAUCUCCAGGACAAUGUUCAUACGGCGCAUCAUUUAUGCUAUUCACAUUAAUCAAUUCUGUUUGAGAGAACGUUGGAACAGCGCCAAAGCCAUUGUGGCCAUGAUUCCUAUUUUUCUUCAGUGCUCUUGGUACUGCUGUAACUUAUGCCAGUUGACAAAUACUCACUGUUAACAUUGAAUCCAAGCCUUUUAUGGUCCUUGUGUGGACACCUAGUCGCUCGGUGCAAUUUCACUGGUUAAGGGAGCAGUGGCGCUUUGUGCACGGAUUUUAAUUUUUUCCAACUUUUUGUUUUGACCUCAAUGAAAAAUAUUGGCAUGAAUGCUGAACACUAACAGCGGUACCCUAAAGCACAAUUAUUUUACAACUAUUUCAAAACACAAUUUGUUUUAGCACCCAAUCAGGGAGGAAUAUGGUGCACCUUAAAAAGGUCUGCAAAAUCAUGAAUGGUGUCACUACGCUCACAACUUCAGCCGAAGUUUCUUUUUUUUUUGGCUAUCGGUAAGCUGUACCUGAAACAGCAUAACUUUCCCACAAAAUGAAUCCCAGGAGCCAAAACUGGGCGGAAAAUACUGCUAUAUAUUUAGUAUCGGACGAGAAAGAUUUGUUAAAGUUAAUUAACUUUUCUAGGAGUAUUUUUCGUCUGAUUUUAAUUCCUUAGGUUCAUUUUGCGGUCAAUUUUAUGCGCUUUCAAAUGCACUUUACCGAUUACAAAAGAGUUGACAGCUUUGGCUAAAAACGUGCGUGCAGUGACACCAUGCAUAAUUUUGCAUUCCUUUUUUACGUGCUUCCCAUUCUGCCCUAAUUUUUUGCUUAAGCAAAAAAAUUAGUUCUGAAGUUGCGGUUAAAUGUUUGCCCAUAAACAUGGUCACCGCCGUUUGACUCCAGCGUUCAUGCCAAUAUUUUUUAUUGAGGUGCAAACAGAAAGUUGGAAAAAAAUUGAAAAAACCGUGCAGGAAGUGCUUCGACUUUUUUUAAUACAUGAAAUAACUGUUUCCUAAUAACUUGUUUUAUCCAAAAUUGGUUUGUGACGCUUUGGUAAAAUGCUUUAGCAUCUAGAUCUAAGUUUUUUUUAUGUUGAUUGUGCUACCUGAGACUGCGUCUUACUGCGACCUUGUCCUCAGAAGCCUCUCGAGAACGCAACGAAUAGGUGAAUGUGAAAGCUUCUGUACGAACAUUGUUUGGACCAACGGAAUAAUUCUGUAAAUUUGAAAAGGGCGUGACAAAUACGUCGAAGCUUCGUUUUUUGUUUUGAAUUCUUGUACCUUGGAACAUUGCUUUUGGAUACAUUAAACUUGGUUCGUGUUUUUAAUUUC